AACGUUAGCAGUGGCGCGGUGGCAUCCGUAGUGACAGUCUGAAACCAAAGUGAUUAAUCAAUCGUAUCUCGGCGUUCAUGUAUCAGAUGGGCAGAACCGACUUGUGUGAGGUAGGGCAUUCGUCCGCCUUGGCUGUCGGAAGCAGGCCCGUUUAACGGUCGAGUUGUCGAAAUUCAUUCGAAGAUACUUUCCGCGUCCUUGACAUGCCAGGUGACGAUUGCAUAUCAGGUGCGUGUUGCUCGCCUUGUAGUAACCGAUUAUCUCUGCAUGGAUCCGUGAAAUGCUGAAGAGCAGGUCCUAGAUUUAGCCGAUGGACGACGAGCCUGCUAUGUCAACAACGUCUAACGAUUUUGACCUAAACGAUGCUCUCGCCAAGAGCCAUUUCUACACUGGCCUCAUAUUGGCGAUCAGCUCAAGCGCCUUUAUUGGCGCCAGCUUCAUUGUGAAGAAGAAAGGUCUCCUACGCAUCAACAGCAAGGGCCAAACGAGAGCAGGUGCCGGAGGCUAUGGAUAUCUCAAGGAAUGGGUGUGGUGGGCCGGGCUCAUUCUUAUGGCCGUCGGAGAAGCUGCGAACUUUGCAGCCUAUGCUUUUGCGCCGGCAUCGCUUGUCACGCCACUGGGUGCCCUCAGCGUUUUAGUCAGUGCCAUACUGUCUUCCAAGUUCCUCAAUGAACGGCUAAACCUGAUUGGAAAAGUGGCGUGCCUUCUAUGCGUGCUUGGCUCAACGGUGAUCGUGCUACACAGUCCCAAAGAGGGCAACGUUGAGAGCAUGGAAAUGCUCGGCGCAAUGAUUGUCGAGCCGGCAUUCAUAGUGUAUGUGAUCUUUGUGGUGACGGCGGCCAGCAUCCUGAUGGUGAUCUACGCGCCAAAGUAUGGCACCUCGAACGUGGUCAUCUAUGUGGCCAUUUGCUCGGUCAUUGGCUCCCUCUCGGUAAUGGGCUGCAAGGGCUUGGGCCUGGCCCUGCGUGAAACUUUCGCCGGUCACAAUGAGUUCACCUCGUGGGUCACCUGGGUCUGCCUCAUUGGCGUCGUCAUCUGCAUCUCAGUCCAGAUGAACUAUCUUAACAAGGCGCUAGACGUCUUCAACACCUCCGUCGUCACACCCAUCUACUAUGUAUUCUUCACAACAUUUGUACUGAUUGCAUCCGCCAUCUUGUUCAAGGAAUGGGGAAACAUGAGCGGCGAAGAUGUGCUUGGCAGCCUCGCAGGCUUCAUGACAGUAGUGUGCGCCAUAUUCCUGCUGAACGCCUUCAAGGACUGGGACGUGUCUCUCUCAAGCCUCCAAGGUUUACUCCAGAGCACACGUGAACAGCAGCAGCGCAACGUAGUCGACGGUGCACUGCCGGAUCUAACCACCGCCCUGCUAGACUCGCCACCGUCCUCGUCACAGAGGUCGUCAGCGCUCGUUGCUACUAGCCCAAGUUUUCCGUAUGAAGAGUCAGCACUCCAUACUGUGAAGGCUAUAGCACUCCAGGUAGUACAAACUGUUUUUUCUAGGGGGGAAGCGCUGCUUACCAUCAGUCUAAUGAAUUUCCAAGUAGGUUUACCGGUACAAGUUAAAGGGCCACUCACUAGGCCUCAUAACAAAUUUUAGUUAGACCAUGGAAUUUGUUGUGUGUCUGAUGAGGAGCAUUAUGCCGCAAAAUUUUUUUCAUUCGGUUUAUUACGAGCUGAGAAAACUGUUUUUUUUUUUAAGCGGCGUGCAACGAGGAUGAGAGAAGACAAGCUCGAAACCUUUUCCACUCCCCCGCGUAGCCUUCGCAAGCCAAAUCUCUUCCCUACCAUCUCCGUCAUCCGACCGAAAGGUCACGUGCACAUUACGUGCUCAAACUAGCCCAACCCCCGAGCACGCGAGCGGCGUUGUUUUGUUGACCAGCAUGUGUACCAGCAUUAUUUUAUGGCCUACUGCCUGUUUCUGCAGGAUGGUUUGGAAACGCUGGCUUAGAUGCGGUAGAAUAGAUGUGAACAAUGAGUGCGCGGACGCGUAGGAGCGCUGACAGCGGGUACACAAACGGAUGCGAAAUGCCUGUACAUUAACCCCGCAUCUAGUUGCAAUCACUAGAAAAUAUUUUUAAAAAGACGCACACAUUCCCUUAUUGCAUCUCA